AAUGAUUUUGAACAAGAUAGCUCCAGUUAUGAUUCUGCAGAAUCGAUCAUGAAUAGUGAAUUUGCAGUAUAUUCCCAUAAUAGUGAACCAGCAUAUUCUAAUGAUAUUGAAUAUUCAAGACCAGCCUUAGCCAAAUGUAAAUCUUUUUUCAGAAGAUUUUUAG